AUGUAUCGAUUCGAGGAUGUAAGUGCAGGCUUCCAUACAUUUCCUCAUGCCUCUCUGAUAGGCUACAAAAUGAAAGCAAUGAUACAAUACCGAAGCCAUCGAUCCUAUGUCUCUUGCUGCAAAAUACACCCAUAUUUGGUAAACCAUCAACCUUUUGUUGACGGCAAUGGGCGCAUGUGUCGACUGAUACUUAAUGCGAUGUUGCUUAAACUUGGGAGCUGCCUUAUCUGCUUGGGGAAAGAGAACCCGGCUGCUUGA